ACAACUUCCGGCCGUCGCUGCCAACAACCAGCAGCUUGACGCGGCAAGCCAAGCUACCACAGUCGGCCAACACACGGAAAAGUAGCACAAAAUGGCAGCUUGUUUUUUUCCAGCAGCACAGAGAAGGGGCUCUGCCGCCGAAUGAAGUGUCAAUGUGUCGGCCAGGAGACACAUAGAGGGCCGAAGUGAUAGCCCGAGGCCCUCGUCGUCGUGUCCCAACAGUGAAGUUGCCCGCCGAGUGCCAAACUUGGGCUUCCUCCGCGGCCCUGUGGAUCUGUGGAUGAGGGAGUGAAAGCUCUGCCUUCAGGAAAAGGAAUCCCUUUGAUGGGAGAAUCCUUCUUCCUGGACUCUUGGCUUGGGUCGAUAGCCGUGUCGUUAUGAUGGAUGAGCAGGAGGCACUGCAGUCAAUCAUGCAGGACCUGGCAGAACUCCACCGCUCCAGCCGUCCUGCUGGGUUCCUGUCGGACCUGGGCAAACCCAAAGCCUCCUCGCCCAAGAACCUGAAUGACAUCAGAGUAAAAUUCGAGUUUAAAGGCGAGAAGAGAAUUUUGCAAUUCCGUCGGCCUCUCAAGUUGGACGACCUGAGGGCAAAAGCUAAGGUGGCUUUUGGUCAGAUGAUGGAUCUUCACUACAGCAACAACGAGCUGGUGAUUCCACUGACCGUUCAGGAUGACUUGGACAAGGCAGUGGAGCUGCUGGAUCGGAGCAUUCACAUGAAAAGUCUGAAGAUCCUCUUGGUGCUGCAGCUCUCCUCACAGAACUCUUCCUGCAAUAUGGGCCUUCUGCCUUCCUCUGAGGAGUUGGACAACACAGGAUUCAGAGUCCCAGAUAAGAAGAGCUUACUUGGAUCAUUAGGAUCUCAUUCAGCGGAUCGUAGCUCUCCUCCACCUGGAUAUAUUCCUGACGCACUCCAGCAGGUGGCGAGGAAUGGAUCCUUUACAAGUAUCAACAGCGAAGGAGAGUUCAUUCCAGAAAGCAUGGACCAGAUGCUGGACCCAUUGAGCAUGAGCAGUCCGGAAAACUCUGCGUCUGGUAGUUGUCCUUCUUUGGACAGCCCUCUGGACAGCGACUACCCAAAGUCGAGGAUGCCAAGAGCACAGAGCUACCCUGACAACCACCAGGACUUUUCAGGUGCAGAUUACGACAUUCCAGUCUUUGACAAGACAGGAAAAGGAGGCACGUACCCUCGCCGAUACGGUGUUCCCUUUGGUCUUCAAGAUUACAGUGAUGGGAGGAAGACCUUCCCUCGCGCUCGCCGGACACAAGCACACGGCCUGCGCUCACCUGUCAGCUUCAGUCCCACAGAGCAGUCUCCAAGCACCAGCAGCGGCAGCAGCGUCUUCACCCCCGACCUGGAAGAUGCUGCCGGGCCUGCCAGGCGUCCACGAAGAGGAAGUGACAUUGAGGUCAAUCAGUCAGCCACCCCGAACUUGUCCGUCAUGGACAUCAGUCCACCCAGCCGCUCGCCUCGUGCACCCACCAACUGGCGACUGGGGAAGCUGCUUGGCCAGGGUGCCUUCGGACGGGUUUUCCUUUGCUAUGACGCAGACACUGGACGGGAACUGGCUGUCAAACAGGUCCAGUUUGAUCCAGAUAGUCCUGAGACGAGCAAGGAGGUGAGCGCGCUGGAGUGUGAAAUUCAGCUGCUAAAAAAUCUUUGUCACGAGCGCAUCGUCCAGUACUACGGGUGUCUGCGAGAUACUAUGGAACGAACACUCUCCAUCUUCAUGGAGUACAUGCCUGGAGGCUCCAUAAAGGACCAGGUGAAGACUUACGGUGCACUGACGGAGAACGUGACACGUCGUUACACUCGGCAAAUCCUUGAAGGGGUUUCCUACCUUCACAGCAACAUGAUCGUUCACAGGGACAUCAAAGGGGCCAAUAUCCUCCGAGACUCUAUCGGAAACGUGAAGCUGGGAGACUUUGGGGCCAGUCGACGGCUGCAGACAAUAUGUCUGUCAGGAACGGGAAUUAAGUCGGUGACUGGCACUCCCUACUGGAUGAGCCCGGAAGUAAUCAGUGGCGAGGGUUAUGGCAGGAAGGCUGACAUCUGGAGUGUGGGAUGCACUGUUGUGGAAAUGCUGACCCAACGACCCCCCUGGGCGGAGUUCGAGGCCAUGGCGGCCAUCUUUAAGAUUGCCACGCAGCCCACAAACCCCAUGCUGCCAGCCCACGUGUCAGACCACUGCAGAGACUUCCUCAAGCGUAUCUUUGUGGAGACCAAGCAGCGUCCUUCUGCGGAUGAACUGCUCAGGCACAUUUUUGUACAUUAAGACGAGAGCGCCGGCCAGUUUGGACUUUGCCUGACAACACACCAACCUCUCAGCUUGCUCGCUGGAAGCAUAUUGGACCAGGAAGAUGGUUGGGUGCUUCGUACCAAACUGCUAAAGACACGAGUCUUCUCUUUUUGCACCUUAAUUUCUCAAAUAAGGAGGAAUCAAGCGCGUUAUGAACUCUCAGAAAACUGCUCCCCCUUUUUUUAACGCCCUCUCUUCAAACGUUGGUGUCGUCGUUGUGGACCAGACCCCAGAAUGUAGUCUCCUGCUGGUGAUGACCUGGACUUGCUGCUAACAAAAACCCCAUGCAGACAACAUUCUCCACUUGCCUGCCUUCAUCUCGCCUUCUUUUUCAGUUGCCAUCUUGCCACGUGCCUUUUAUUUUUUUCAGUUUCUCUACAUAGCCUGGAGGAGUUUGUGUCACGGUCACGUCAAGUCCCGCAAGUUGACUGCUUGCGGUCACAUCUCACGGCUGCAGAAAAGUCUGCUUCUUCCCCUUUCGCUUUGCAAGAUCUUGAUUGACAAACUGCUGUGUUGCAAUACCACAGUGGGGAAAAUAGGAAGGAAGCCCCUGCUGAGACAAUCUAUAUUUUUAACGGCAGGUUUAUUGUUGAGAAAAACAGAAUAGUUCAAACAAGUCCAGAAAAAAUAACCCUAAAAAGUUUAGAGUGAGUUUUUGUAUUUGAAGUUGUGGAGAAAAGCUUGUUGGGCAGCACAAAGAUGUUUGUGGGAGUUGGUCAUCAGGGUUGUCCUACGCAUUCCUUUGUAGGUUGAGUGGAUGCCAAAGAGCUCAAAGUUGGCAUCAUCUGACCACGUCCCAUUCUUCCAAGCCUUGUCUGAAGUUUGCCAAUGAAGACCUCAAUGACUUGGACAGGCCUCAUCACAGUCCAUGACAUGUGCUACUUAGGCUUUCCCAACCGUCAUCAACCAGCGCCUCCUUUGUAAUUCUGGGCUGGCCCCGCACCUUUCUUAGAACCACCUUUACUCCACAGGGGGAAUUCUUGCAUGGAGCAUUUCCGAAUGAUUGCGUCUACAGUGUUUUUUUUUAAAACCAAUGUUCUUGUUGGUCUCGUUGCUUAUUCUAGUCUUGUGCAGGUCCACAAUCUUAUCCCUGAUUUCUUUUGGCAACUCUCUUUCUUUCCCAUGCUGGUGGACGGUCAUUUGUCCACAUCCAUGGAGAUGAGGUAUCCUCUUCUGAAGGACAGGACUGUGUGCUUCUUUGGCAUGUGAGCAGUCUGGUGGUCAAAAAAGGGGAUCAAAUGCAACAUCGCUCUUGUUUACUAUAAACCUUAUCAGCAGGGGAUGAAAUGCUUCUUACUUGCAGUGACACCAUCAGUAACACUCCUUUUUACGGCUUGAGAUUGAUGCCUUAAAUGUUCCUGAGAGCCGGACCACAGCGAUGUCUGCUUUGAAACAUUCAUAAUCCAUUCAAAAAGGCCCACUUUGCUCUCAUCUGACCCAACUGCAGGCUCCAUAUUGACCCUGUGAAGCCUGAUAUCUGCAAGAAUUACAGCACUUGGACUUUUGCUGCGGUUGAACGAAGUCAACUCGGUACGUUUUGACGUGGGCCACCACAUGGUACGAAAAAGCCACUAAUACACAAAUGUACCCCCUCCAUAGAUUUGUCCAGAAUAAUGCAGGACAUGUAGGAUUCCUCUGAAGGCACUUAACAUGCACUAUGACAAACUUUAGUGGCCGUGUUGCGUUUAAAUCCGGAUGCACUAUCUUUGUCUCACUGAGUGACGUUCAAUUUCAUUUUAUUUUUUGAUGUCCUCUUCACUUGUUUCUUUGCACAUAACUUUGUCCGUGUGUCUUUGCAAUGAAUGUAAGGUGUCCGACGCCCUUCUUCACACCAGUGGAUGAACUCACCACCAGUAUUUGUCUGUACGCCUGUGUGUAACUACUGGCUAUGCCCAAUCGGUGCCACCCAUAAUGCCUGGAGCGUUCUCAUCACCAGUGGAGGACACUGAUGAUUCAAGUCUUGUACAAAUGUAAAAAAAAAAAAUGAAAUGUACCUUUUUGUUUUUGUUUUUCUAAAGUCCGUUUUGUGUGUCUUGUUAAAGAAGCCAUGUUUAUAAUUCAAAUUGGUUUGUGACCAAUACGCCUGUUUAUAUCAGAUCUGUAUAUCAGUGGUACGUAUAAUUUUUUAAUAUAUAUAUUUUUAUUUCACUUGGGAAGAUUUAAUGCAUGGUCGGUCGAGACAAAUGCAGCAGUGCCGUUAAACUCUCUCGGCCAAAUUCUGCAGUAAUGCAAAGAAAAGCUGGUUGUUUGUUAUUAUGACGGUGAAGAGUAAUAAAAGUAUUUAUUUCA